GUUGAGCAAGCAUAAUUGGAUUCGUCUAUAAGAAGCCGACGAAACUCACGCCUUGCCAAUCCACUCAAACGCCUUGUCUCUCUCUCUCUCUCUUCUUCUUCUUUAUCAAUCGCCAUUGAAAGAAACUUCUCCCAAGCUCUCCAAGCUUCCAAUACACCACUCUAAUUUAUCUACUGGUCAUCAUCUUUCGAAUUAGUGGCCAAAACAAGUAUUAAGAAAGGAAGAAAUCAUGGCUAUGCAGCAUUGCUAUGCUCAUGAAUGGAAACCCAUCACUGGUGCAGCAAGCUCUGAAAAUUCAAAUGGUUCUUUUGACUGUAAUAUCUGUUUAGACUUUGCACAUGAGCCAAUAGUCACACUAUGUGGCCAUCUUUACUGCUGGCCUUGUAUCUAUAAAUGGCUUCAUGUCCAGAGUGCCUCUCUUGCCUCUGAUGAGCACCCUCAGUGCCCUGUUUGCAAGGCAGACAUAUCACACACUACUAUGGUCCCUCUCUAUGGGAGGGGUGGCCACACCACAUCUGAACCCGAGCUACAAGGCAAGGCGGUCAGGAUGGGAAUGGCAAUACCGCCUAGACCAUCAGCUUGUGGUGCACAAACCGCACUUGCAUCCACUACUACUCGUUCUGGUCAGCAACUUCCCUAUCGAAAUCCUUAUCAGAACCAACACUACAAUUCUCAUCAGUAUGACAACUAUGAUGAGGAUUCAUUGUCGCCAAUGCUCAAUCUUAGUGGCACACCAAUGACAGGUUUUUCUCAUCCAGCGGUGGGGAUGUUUGGGGAUAUGGUUUAUGCCAGGGUGUUUGGAAAUUCGGAGAGCUUGUACUCGUAUCCAAACUCGUAUAGGCUACUGGGGAGUAGUAAUCCAAGGCUGAGGAGGCAAGAGAUGCAGGCUGAUAAGUCACUUAACAGAAUUUCCAUUUUUCUCUUUUGUUGCUUUCUUCUAUGCCUUGUUGUCUUCUGAUUCUUGUUUUGGAUUAUUCUUACUUUGCCCCUUUGUACACAUUGUAGAGAAAAAAAUAGAGGUGAGCUUAGUAAAAACAUAGAUAUACAUGAAUUGAGAUUGAGAUGUGUUAUAUAUAUAUAUAUUAAGUCAAUAUUUACCGAUAGUGUUA